AUGUCAAAGGGAGACAGUGUUGUCGUUUUGGACUUUUGGGCUAGCCCAUUCUGUGCUAGAGUGAAAAUUGCUUUGGAAGAGAAAGGUGUGAAUCAUGUGAGUAAUGAAGAGGAUAUAUUUGGAAAAAAAAGUGAGCUUCUUUUGAAGUCAAAUCCUAUUCACCAAAAGGUGCCUGUGUUUUUGCACAAUGACAAACCUGUUCUUGAAUCUGCUAUUAUUGUUAGCUACAUUGAUGAGGUUUGGCCUUCCAACUCAUUGCUUCCGGCUAAUGCUUAUGAUCUUGCACAAGCUAGAUUCUUGGCUGAUUUCAUAGACAAAAAGGUAUUUGAAACUGGGAGGAGCAUUUGGGCUAGCAAUGGAGAAGAUAGAGAAGUGGGAACAAGAGACUUUCUUGAAGUUAUAAAGCAUCUAGAAGAAGCUCUCGGAGAGAAAGACUAUUUUGGUGGCGAUGCUUUUGGUUUCGUUGACGUCAUAGCCAUUCCUCAUUCUGCAUGGUUUUUAGCAUAUGAGAAACUUGGCGGUUUCAAGAUCGAGGAUCACUCACCAAAAUUCUCUGCUUGGAUUAAGAGAAGCUUGGAAAGAGAGUCUGUGAAGAAAGUCCUUCCUGACCCUGAAAAGGUUUACCAGUUUGUCCUUCAUUUCAGGAAGAUUUCAGGACUUGAAUGA